CAAGCAAGUGAAACAUUGUUUUUGUAUUGCACAGUAUAUCCUGAAGAUUUUGAAAUUUGGAAGGAUAAUCUAAUUGAGUGUUGGAUUAAAGAGGGAUUCAUAGAUGAUAUGGGUACAAGACAAGAGAUGAAAGACAAGGGCCAUGUUAUUUUGAAGAAGUUAGAAGAUAAUUGCUUGUUGGAAAAUAAUACCAAUAAAUAUGGUAUACCUUGCGUAAAGAUGCAUGAUGCAGUGAGAGACAUGGCAUUGUCGAUCACAAGUAUGAAUCCUCGAUAUAUGGUACAAGCAGGCUUGCAAUUAAAAGAAUUACCAAAAAGGGGACAAUGGAGUCCAGAUAUUGAGAAAGUGUCGCUUAUGUUUAACUCCAUAUCAGAAAUUCCCACAGAUGUGCUGCCCACAAAAUGUCAACUGCUCACAACCUUGUUAUUGCUGAGGAACCCUAUAAAGAAGAUCUCAUAUUCUUUCUUCACAAACAUGCCUUGUCUUUGUGUCCUCAAUUUGUCCUUUACAAAGAUCGAGAGUUUACCAAAUUCCAUCUCUGAACUAAACAACCUCACAACAUUGUUGCUUUCUGGCUGUUCUGAAUUACGAUAUCUGCCAUGUCUUUCGAUGCUUCAAGAAUUGAAGAAGUUGGAUCUUUCUGGGACUAAAAUUGAGGAAGUACCUAAAGGCAUGGAUAUGCUGAUAAAGUUAAGGUACAUUGAUCUUGUAGUGCGCACUUUGAAAGAGAUACCCGCUGGACUUUUACCAAAACUCGUUCACCUUCAGCACUUGAUUUUUGAUGUGGACAAUGAAAAAACAAGUCUAAAAGCGGAGGAGAUGGAACCAUUGAAGAAGUUGGAAUACUUUAAAGGAUGUUUCCAAGACAUUAAUGAAUUCAAUAAGUUCAUCUCCUCAAUGCAACAAACUAACGUAGCACUGGAACCGUCGUUGAAUGAGAAGGCAAUGGAAAAAGUGAUCGAGGAAUAGCUCGAGAAAAAUAUCGGUUUGUAUUAUCAUAAUUCAAGUUAUUUCUUAUUAAAUGUUUAAUUUUAAUAUAUGUGUAUGGAAUUUGAAUGUGAGGUAAGUAGUGAUAUUUGAAUUGAAUGGAAAUUGAAUUUGAUUGAUAAAUGUAUACAUGUGUGAAAUUGAAUUGUAUAAUGAUUUGUGGUGAAUUUGAAAUUGUGAUUGAA